GUUAGAUCUGGAUGGGCGAGCGAGCAAUGUCGCCGGAGCUACUGUGGUAGUCUCAUUGUAGUUAUUGCAAUUCCAAUUCUAUGCUGUGACUUUGAUCUGUUGGCAUACGACUGUUCAUAACAUGAGCUUCUCUUGCUAGCAUCAUCGUAAUGAGGUGAGCAUCGUUUUGUACUUACUCCCUUCGAAUCUCCUCUUCUGGAUUUUUCUUCGAACUUUUUGAUGACAAACGAUAUGUCCAACUGCUAAAUGAGCGUCUCCGUAUCGCGGGGAUUCGUUGACAAUACCAUACCUCUACAACGGUAUCUGAAUAAUUAUUUCCUUCAACCGCGUAUUGCAUUGACACUCUAUGCUGACCCUCUUCUUUCUUCGAGACCAAACAUUCAUAUGGACAUGAUUCGUCUUGCCCUUACCCAUAACAAAGAGACUGUGCGGUUCAUCUCUCGAUGAAUACGGGUCUACACACUUUUGGGCUACGACUGGACACGAACGUGUUCACUCCCUUAUGGGGUGGCAUGCGUUUUGUUUCGUUGCACUUGUGCGGGCUUCGAGGCGACCCAGGUAGUCUUUCGGCCCUGUUGGCUCUGGGUCGGUUGUGCUAUCCGCCGUCAAUGUCUUGUUCUUUCAAAGUGACAAUCCUCAAGGCCAUUGUCAAAGCAAAUGAAGCUGGGUGGUUUUGUGCCUCGUCUUUGCUUUCUGUGAUCUAUCUUCGUUCUGUGCAAAAUGCCGGCUUUACCUCGGUGCUAUCGUGGUUUUCGUGAUGUGCCAGAGUAGCCUUACGGAAUCCGUGCAAAGGCAAUCGAACUGCGAGUACAUGACUACAACUAUCCAGGUCUCUACAAUGCCAUCCUGAGCCAUAU